AACACGAAUAUAAACUCACCUUAGUCACAUUGGCCUUGUUUUAAUUUAAAGGACAAACAGCACGUGUUUGUAAACGUUUGCCUUGUUAUCUCAGGUUGUUGGGUUGAAGACGUGUAGCAGCUUCUUCAGGGGAGGUGCAAACACGGAAACGCGCUUCAAACAGACACCGCCGUAAAGGAAGCGCGUCGCCGGGAGUGACAACAGUGACACACGUCGCGCCGACGUGGAGGAAUGGACAGAGGAGACAGUGGAGACAGAGGAGACAGAGGAGACCUGACAGUCUGCGGCACAAGGAGGCGCAGCAUCAGUGUCAACUCAACCAUCUGCAUGUGAGGAGCGGAGGAGCCGCAGCCUGCAGGAGACCCGCAACUCUGGAGGCUGCAACAGGGAAGCCCUCAGUGGACUGCGUGCUGCAGACGUCCAGCUCUGAGCUGCAGGACACGAUGAGACGCCUGGGCUCAAACUCGGAGGAUCGCUCCCGCCUCACUGCCGCCCUUUCCUGCCUGAAGAGUGCGGAUGAAACAGGAGGUGACGUGAAGCCUGACUCGGACCUCCAACAGGACAGUGAUGUCUUCUCUUCCACUAGCUCGUUGCCCCUGCAGCCUGCCAGCGGCCGAGGCCCCUCCAUCUCCAUAUCAGUGGCCCCUUGUUCAUAUGACCAAAGACUGUGCAUAACGCCAGAUGAAGCAAUUGACGUCUUCACCCCGGAGCCAGUCACCCCUCCGGCCACUCAGGUGUCAAAGACGCGCACCGCGAGGCAAUCGCACACGUCUCCUCCGCCUCCUCGCAAAUUGCUGCAGCUCUUCCCCGGCAUCGCACUGACGAGGUGCAAGAGUCAAGAGUCGCAGCUCGCCAACCGCAUCGAAGAGCCCACCUCAAACAAAAUUUGUAAGAGGAACAAAGUGUUGGCUAUGCUUCAGAUCAACGGCAGCGGGAACAGUCCCGAGGACUCUGCGUUCCGCUCGCCGCUGCUGUCCGCCCGGACACCGGGUCCUGUUCCGGCCUCGGCACCAUACACGAUGUCCGCCGUCCCCAACCUGCUGGACAAUAUGACCAUGACCAGAGGUUCCCCUCAGACGAUGAGGAGAGACAUUGGCCUGGCCAUAACACACAGGUUUUCCACCAAGUCUUGGCUCUCACAGACGUGCCAAGUGUGUCACAGGAGCAUGAUGUUUGGUGUAAAGUGCAAGCACUGCAAGUUAAAGUGCCACAACAAAUGCACCAAAGAUGCUCCCUCAUGUCGGAUUUCAUUUCUAACAUUGCCAAGGAUGCGCAGGGCAGAAUCAGUGCCCUCAGAUAUCAAUAAUCGCAUUGAUCACACAGCAGAGAUCCCACUGCAAUAUGGCACGUUGCCAAAGGCAAUAAACAAAAGGGAGCCUCCCGCCACUUUAAACCAGCUGGAUUCCAGCAGUAACCCGUCAUCAGCCACCUCCUCCACACCCUCCUCCCCCGCACACCUGCAGCAGAGUAACCCCCCAAGCGUCAGCGCCACCCCACCUGCCAACCCUUCUCCACGGGGCUCCAGCGACAAUCGCUUCAACUUCCCAGAUGUCCCUGUUUCCAUGAGUGCUGCUGUUCCACAUUCAAGCAGCCACAAUGACUCUGGAGCGUCACAGGUGACCGUCACUGAGACACAGCUCCCAUCCACAGAACAUGGAGCGCAGGAGGGGGCAGAGGAAGACUACCCAGCUGAGGACGAGGAAGCAGCUGACCAGAGCAACGCUAAUAAUAGUUAUGCUGCCGAGGAGUAUGAUGAAGAUGAGCUGGAGGACCUGCCGUCCUCCAUAUGUCGCCGUGGGACCGCUGGUCGCUGGAGGGGCCAGAUCUGUCGUAAAGCCAGCCAGACCAGCGUCUACCUGCAGGAGUGGGACAUCCCGUUUGAGCAGCUGCAGCUGGGAGAGCUUAUUGGCAAGGGUCGCUGGGGGAGGGUGCAUAAGGGUCGCUGGCACGGUGAGGUGGCCAUUCGCCUCAUGGAGAUUGACGGCAACAACCAGGAUCACCUGAAGCUCUUCAAGAAGGAGGUGAUGAACUACAGGCAGACCAGGCACGAGAAUGUGGUCCUGUUCAUGGGCGCCUGCCUGGCUCCGCCCCACCUCGCCAUCAUCACCAGUUUCUGCAAAGGUUUGACUUUGUUCUCUGUUGUGAGAGAAAGAGGUCACAUGCUGGACAUCAAUAAAACCAGACAGAUUGCACAGGACAUAGUCAAGGGAAUGGGUUAUCUUCAUGCCAAAGGCAUCAUUCAUAAGGAUCUGAAGUCUAAGAACGUGUUCUAUGACACAAACAGGGUGGUCAUCACAGACUUUGGCCUGUUUGGGAUGUCUGGCGUGGUAGAAGAAGGCAGACGGAAUAAUGUGUUGCGGAUACCCCACGGCUGGAUUCACUACCUGGCUCCAGAGAUUGUCCGUAAGAUGAGUCCAGAGGUGGAUGACGACCAGCUGCCUUUUUCCAAAGCUGCUGAUGUCUAUGCCUUUGGCACAGUCUGGUAUGAGCUUCAGGUCGGAGACUGGCCAAUCACCAACCAACCUGUGGAAGCUAAAAUCUGGCUCGUUGGCAGCGGUGUGGGCAUGAAGAAUGUGCUGACAGAUGCCAAUCUGGGGAAGGAGGUUACGGAGAUCCUCUCCGCCUGCUGGUCCUUCGAGGCAGACGACAGGCCGACUUUCACCCUGAUGUCAGACAUGCUGGAGAAACUUCCCAAACUGAACCGCAGGCUCUCUCACCCUGGACACUUCUGGAAGACUAAUGAGUAUGUAUCAUAGACAGAUGGGACAUUCCUGUCCCAGAGCGAACCAGCCGACAACACCAACACUAACAAGGGGAGUCUUUGAUUUAGUUCAUCACUGCUGUAUCAUUAUCCACAUAUUCAUGUCACAACGGCGUGAGGGCAGAAUGGGUUUGAGCUGAAAAGAACCAAUACAUGAUCAAUCAAAUGCAAAUGUUAAAAAAAGAAUAGGAUUUUAUAAAGAAAUGUGAAUAUUAUGAUUCUGUCCUGCUGAUUAUCAACUGAUAUAAAGGAUCUGAAAUGUGACUUUUGUAUUUUGGGGAAGUGUCUCUGAAUUCUUUAUUCCUAACAUGGCAUAUUAGUCCUUGCUCUCUGAAUACUGACGUUCUCAGUACUGACGUACUUUUUUGUGUGUUUCUGAGAAUCACUCCAUCUUUCUCUUCCCUGUCAUUUCCUGUCAACUGGGUGUCGACUGAUCCACCCCUGCCUGCUCCUGCUGUGUCUGAUCUCCAUGGCUUCCCUUGGAUCCUACACUUCCUCUUCAUCUGUGCCUCUGCUCCUCUCUGUCCAUGUGCUCACUUGUUUUCCAACACUCCCAAUUUCUGUCUCUUUGCCGCUUUUGUCUGCUGGUGAAGGUUGUGGGAUCAUCAUCAUCAUCACUGUCUGAGAGAUCUCUGUCAUCAGGGUCUGCAUGCUCACUGUCCAUACAUGUACAAAUACAGCAGCUGAGAGCUGACCGCCUUGAAGAACUCUCUUGUCAAAAACUGCACAAGGUCUGUUUUCAUGUGGUGGUGUCAUGUGAUCUGGAUCUGAUGAUGAUGAUGAUGAUGAUGAGACAUGGUCCUAAUCAGGAACAACAGGAUACUUGGGGUAACCUGAGUGGAGAGGACAACUCCCUUAAAUUGUAUAACUGGUUCUGGUUGGAAACCCCUUAACUGGACCCGCUUAUGUUCUUCUGGCGGGGCCCGGUUUCUAGAUGAUGUCUGUGAACUUCCUUUUGCAAAAAAUGUCAGCAUGGCGCCAGCCAAAUUGUGAACAUCGAGGCUUCAAAACGGCAGUUCAGAUUCAGCCACACAGAGAUUUUAUACAUGAACUGCACUUGAAAUGUUCUGAUUUGCUCAGUUUGAAUCCUGGCAGGACAAUGGCUCUUGUGAAUUUAAAAUUUUAAUUGUGAAUUAUGUGAUAAUGCUGCAGCUGUGUGUGCGUGUGUGUGUGUGUGUGUGUGUCCUGCCUCACUCCAGUCAGUAUGUGUGUACGAUAUUCAAUGAAUGUCAUGGGCUUCAAAAAUAAAGAAAUGGUGAAACCCAAUCAAGCAUGAUCAAGCAGUGACCCAAUGUAUACAUGUAUAUAAAGUGCUGGUUGUUGUAUUUAAAAUACAGUGCUUGUGUGAGUACAUGGUUUCAUUGUAACUGGUACUUCAUUUGUAUUUAUGUAUAGAUGAUAGACACUCGAAACUGUUGACAGUUGAUUGGUGUUUUUCUUUUUGAGGGUGGGUUGGGAGAAUUUUUGUACAUAAUUUGUUGAUAUUUUGGAAGCUUCUGGUCUGAACAACUGUAGACAUUAAAGCUGAUUUAAAGAUAAA